UUUCAGAGCAAUGCAGCUAAUACCAUUAUUUAACGUUAAAUGGAGUAGCUGUGCAGUCCGAGGACAAACAGGAAAGCAAGGGUCAAUCUGGACAAUUAUUGACCUAUGAUGAUUGAUUGUUCGUAGUUGCGUUCGGUCUGGCGAGCAGAGUGAGUGAGUCUCCAAUAAAGUCGUUGCGUAGACAAGAACUUGCAACCACAAUUGUCAGCUCAACUACUACUACUUAAUUAUUUCAUGUAAGCAUAAAAGAGCAAGCACCGCAGGCCAAGCUAAAUGGCAAAGACAAACCAGAUUGUUGCAGCAACCUGGGCAAUUGAAUGGAGAUUUCUAUCCCUCAUGGCCAUCCUCACCGGAGCUUUGAUCCUCGCUGCUGUUUACCUCACAACAGGGAGACAGCCGGCGAAUACUGCAAAACGACACGAGUCAGAGCUCCUCACCGAGCUGCGAUUUGCUUUCGGGCAGAUGGGUUUUCGACAACCAAUCCUACCCUCUAUAUAGGGAGAAACAGUGUCAGUUCAUGCUGGAUGAUUUUGCCUGCGAGAAAUUUGGGAGAAAGGAGUUCAAGUAUCAGCAUUGGAGAUGGCAGCCCCAUGGCUGUGACCUUCCGAGGUUCAAUGCCACAGCAUUGCUGGAGAAGCUGACGGGGAAGAGGCUCGUUUUUAUUGGGGAUUCCCUGAACAGGAACCAGUGGGUAUCAAUGGUUUGUCUGGUCGAGUCGUCCAUAUCUCAAGACCAGAAAUCGAGGACCUUCAAUGGCUCCUUGUUCACCUUCAAAGCCAAAGAAUACAAUGCCUCCAUUGAUUUCUACUGGGCUCCAUUUCUUGUUGAAUCAAACUGCGAUGAUCCAUGGCACCAUCAUGUACCCUUUCGGACGGUGAAAAUUCAGGCCAUUGAAAACCACGCCAGGCACUGGACUGACUCAGACAUACUAGUCUUUGAUUCCUAUAUCUGGUGGCUAGAUUCGAAGAUUAAGAGAUUACACGAAAUCUGCAGGUCGGGACCAUCAGAGGAAUCGAAUGGAACCCUCGAAGAUGUGGAGAUGCUGAGAAGAUAUGAGAUGGGCCUGAAGACUUGGGCAGAUUUCUUGGAGACCCAUGUGAACCUCACCAAGACCAAGUUGUUCUUUGCCAGCAUGUCAUCGUCUCACCUCAGGGGAGAAGAAUGGGGGAUGGGUGCAAAUCAAAACUGCUACAAUGAAACGGAGCCAAUUUUGAAAGAAGGGUAUUGGGGGAGCAUGUCUGAUCCCAGAAUGAUGAAGGUAGUGGAAGCAACGAUUGAUAGGCUGAGAAUGAGUGGCGUGAAGGUGCAAAUUCUCAACAUAACACAGCUCUCAGAGUACAGAAAAGAUGGCCAUCCAUCUAUCUACAGAAGGCAAUGGGUGGCCCUAACUGAAGAGCAAUUGUCAAAUCCUGCAAGCUUUGCAGAUUGUGGGCACUGGUGUCUUCCGGGAGUUCCAGAUACUUGGAAUGAAAUUCUCUAUGCAUACCUUCUCCAUUGAUACUAAUGAAUGUAGACAGUAACCAUAGUAAACUGAACAUUGAAAAUUUAUCAAGGCUUAGCGAUGGAACAUCUCAUGUUAUGAGAAAACAUGCUUCAUCCUGAAAAUAUUUUCAUUCAAUGA